CUCGGGCAUGCCUCUCCAUGCCACAGUGUCAGUGUGAGCCACAGCCGGGUCCUGGGGUUCCGGGGGGGUCCUGGGGGUACUGGGGACCAGUCCGGCAGAGGACCAGCCAACCAGCAGGGAAGGCAGUGUGAAGACUGUGAGAUGUGUUUCUGGUGUAGGGAAGUCCAACAUAAUCCUCAUAACAACAGGUAUGACAGUGCAAACGGAAGGUUUGUGUUUGCCUCUUUCGAAUCCGAGUGUGUCUCCUUACUCGUCUCUAGUAUACAGUCCCUUUACAAGUCAGAAUGUUGAAUAAACUUCAUUUGAACUUACUCUACCUGUUGUCUGCUGAUUUUGUCCUUCUGCCGUUGAAAAUUUUAGCCAAAAUAUCCACAGGAAAGUAUUAUUAAACCGACUUCAAAACGCAGGUCUCCUUGUGUGGCUCUCACAAUUUGUUUGAGGCACAUGCACAAGACGUAAGUGUAUACUAAGUCUUGCAGGUGUUUACAUGGUUUUGCACAUGUCAGGUGAUAGAAUUCUCAAUGGCAAUACCAGUGUUUUGAAAAGUCGGUUUAAUAAUCCUGUGGAUAUUUUUUCUCAAAUUUGUAGAUGCAUAAGGACCAACAGCACAGACAACCGGUAGACAACCGGUAGUUCAAAUGACAUUUUAUUCAACAUUCUGGCUUGUAGAUCUCGUGAGAGUACAUUUUCCAGACAAAUGUAUAGCAUUGUCUCAGACUGUGUACCCAGAGGUAUCACAGUCUGAUUUAUUAGGCAAGAUUUGUGUAUAACGAAUUAUUCCUAAUGCUUGGAGAAAAGUGUAUAGCACUGAGCAGAAAGGAUGUAUCUCUGUUGAUGGGCCCUGUCUGAAAUGAUAUCCUUAGCCUUGGGUCUGCAGAGACCAUACAUACUUAGGAUGAACUGUAUGUAAUGUAUGCACAUAUUCAUAUUUACAUUUACAUUUACAUCAUUUAGCAGACGCUCUUAUCCAGAGCGACUUACAAAUUGGUGCAUUCAACUUAUGAUAGCCAGUGGGACAACCACUUUUUUUCUUUUAUGGGGGGAGUGGGGGAGGGGGGGGUAGAAGGAUUACUUUAUACUAUUCCAGGUAUUCCUUAAAGAGGUAUAUGUAAUGUAAUGUAUUGUGCAUGAAUGUGUUUGCAUAAUAUUAUGUACGUGAGUUGUGUCUUUAUAUGAGCUUGGGUCUAUAAAAGAGUCCACAAAGAACAUGAGUAUUUGUGUAGUGUGUAUGCGUGUGUGUGUACUUGUCUGUGUGUGUGCGUGCUUGCUUGCGUGCAUGCAGUUGCGCCUGUCCAUGUGUGUGUGUGUCUUGUGUACGCUGAAGCGAAGACUGAUGUUUCUGGGUUAAUUAAUACAUAAAAUAAGCCAGUCAAGCAGAAGGAGAGAGAUGCAACCCUGCGUUUCCCCAGGCAUUAGCUUUCAGCUUCAGUACAGAACAACCCAUCUUGCUUUUUACUGUGAUGCCAGUAGAAGUCAAACUCAACCCUGAUAGAUUGAAGGAUGCAUUUGUGUGAUGGUAACAUCACAUAAUAGACAUUUACUCCACAGUAUCCUUAACUGGGGUGUGUUGUCUUUAGCAAAUGUGCUGUGAUGUGCCCUUCUAGAUGUGUUUAUAUCAUGGGACUUAUCAUCUGCCAUCUGUUAAUUUAGCCCCUGACAUUCUGUACCUGUUACUGUGGCUCUGUUUGUCAAUUCCAUAUUUUCCUGUUUGUUUAUGGUUUACAAUUUUGGUAAAUUGCUACUUUGUUUGUGCUGUGUUGUUUUUGUCACUACUGAGGAGGAUGGAACUCAUUGAACCAGUGAGAAUUCUAUGGAGAGCGGGGAAAUUAGUGCUAACACACAGCUUAUCUCGGAGGCUUUAAUUGGCACAUGAACCAUGAAGGGACCCCCACUGACUCUCACAGCACUUAGACAGGCUGGAUUUAGCAUUUUGAUUGCUGGUGUUGACCUUGAACUGACAGAAAGUAGACGUUGCUCUGAAUCAUAGAUAGCACAGAGGGAAACAUGCCCUGCAAGAGUGUUACUUGUCAUUACCAUGUUGGAUUGAGCGUUUGAGGGUUCCAUCUUUCAGACUGCUGGGCUCAGAGGUGGCCUCUGUCAGGGUGUUGAUUGGCUCUGGAGGCUGAGGUCAGGUCAUGGGUCACUGAUGAACUCUAGGGCAUCUUUGUCUGUCUUGGUUGCUGGUAGGCUUGGUCUGGUGCGGUGUUCGGAGGAAGUCACUACAGUACAUUUCAAACACAUCCAUUAACCAACCACACAUAAUGAUUUCACACUUUCAAACUUUUCACAUGAUUUUUCACAUGAUUUGUGAGGAAAAAUGCUGUAUUUAUAUGUACAAGAUUAGUGUCUGUGUUUUUUUGUGUUUCAAAAUGUAUUUCCUAUCCACACAGUGUAGGACUGGAGAAUCUCUCUGACAUCCAUGAGAGGCUACAGCGUUUGCUACAGGAUAUCAUUAAUUAG